UCCGACASAUAAAAAAAAAAAUGAAUUCUGGAGGACCCAACUAUCAAAUGGCAUCACUUUAUGUUGGCGAUUUACAUCAAGAUAUAAACGAGGCUGGUUUAUUUGAAAAAUUUUCAACCGCUGGUCCGGUAUUAUCCAUUCGGGUUUGCCGUGAUGUAAUUACACGUCGUUCACUGGGCUAUGCCUAUGUAAAUUUCCAGCAACCAGCUGACGCGGAGCGCGCGUUAGAUACGAUGAAUUUUGAUUUAAUUCGUAACAAGCCUAUACGCAUUAUGUGGUCACAGCGGGACCCAUCUUUGCGUCGUUCGGGUGUGGGAAAUGUCUUUAUUAAAAAUCUUGAUAAAAGUAUUGACAAUAAAGCGAUUUUUGACACUUUUUCUGCGUUUGGCAACAUAUUGAGUUGUAAAGUUGCAACCGACGAAAAGGGCAAUUCAAAAGGAUAUGGUUUCGUACAUUUUGAAACCGAAGAAUCAGCUAACACUUCGAUAGAAAAAGUCAAUGGCAUGUUGUUAAAUGCUAAAAAAGUCUACGUAGGUAAAUUCAUUCCACGCAAGGAACGCGAGAAGGAAUUGGGAGAAAAAGCAAAACUGUUUACCAAUGUGUACGUAAAGAAUUUUGGAGAAGAUUUUGAUGACGAGAAGUUGAAGGAGUUAUUUGAGCCUUUCGGGAAAAUAACCAGCUAUAAGGUAAUGGUUAAAGACGAUGGGAAAAGUAAAGGUUUCGGCUUCGUAGCUUAUGAGACCACCGAAGCAGCUGAAGCCGCUGUKGACGCGUUAAAUGGAAAGGAUAUGGGGGAGGGUAAGGUAUUAUAUGUUGCUCGUGCACAGAAGAAAGCAGAACGCCAACAAGAAUUAAAACGCAAGUUCGAAGAAUUAAAGAAGAAACGGCAAGAGUCGGUAUUUGGCGUUAAUUUGUAUGUUAAAAACUUGGAUGACAGUGUAGAUGAUGAGCGUCUACGCAAGGAAUUUUCGAUGUAUGGUACCAUUACAUCUGCCAAGGUUAUGACCGAUGAAGAGGGACGUUCCAAAGGUUUUGGAUUUGUCUGCUUCAUUUCGCCCAAUGAAGCAACCUGUGCCGUCACUGAAGUGAAUGGACGUGUUGUCGGUUCGAAGCCAUUGUAUGUAGCUUUGGCUCAACGUAAAGAAGAUCGUAAAGCACAUUUGGCAUCACAAUACAUGCGUCAUAUGUCGGGUAUGCGUAUGCAACAAUUAGGUCAAAUAUUCCAACCAAACGCCGCAGGUGGCUUUUUCGUACCAACCAUGGCGCCAGGGCAACGUUUCUUUGGUCCACAAGUGACCCAACCGAUUCGUAACACACCAAGAUGGGCACCACAGGUGCGCCCUGCUGCUGGCGUACAAGGUGUYACACAGGCUGGCGCUGCAGCCGCUGCUGGCAGCUUUACAAAUGCCGCCGCCAUGGCAGCAACCGGUAACGCCCAGUUCCGCCCAGCAGCAGCCGCUGCCCGUGGCCAACCGCAAACAGUUCAAGGCGCGCACGCUGCAGCCGCUGCUGCCAACACAAUGCGCAAUACUGGCGCACGCGCUAUCACAGGUCAGCAAACAGUUGCUGCGGGUAAUAUUCCAAUGGCUGGAGCACCAAUUACUACAGGCGGAGCUCAGCAACGCGCUGCCAACUAUAAAUAUACCGCUAACAUGCGCAAUCCACCUCCACAAGCGGUCCAACAACAACCGCAAGUGCAGCCAAUGCACCAGAAGGGUCAAGAGAAGCUGAUUGCUUCUCUAUUGGCUAACGCCAAGCCACAGGAACAAAAACAAAUUUUGGGUGAACGCUUGUAUCCUAUGAUCGAGCGCAUGCAUCCACUUAUGGCUGGCAAGAUUACCGGAAUGUUAUUAGAGAUAGAGAAUUCCGAAUUGUUGCACAUGAUAGAGGAUCAAGAUGCUUUGAAAGCCAAAGUUGAAGAAGCUGUUGCCGUUUUGCAGGUUCAUCGUGUUGCUGAGCCAACUAAUUAAAAUACCUUUAUGGAAAUCACAUCAUGCUAGCCGAACUAAAAAGUUCCGUAAUUUCUCAUAUGUUAUUCAUACUGCUUCUAGCCUCACAGUCAAAAAAACACAAAAAUGUUGCUCAUUAUUCAAUUCAGAACAAAAAACGUCAGGUAGAUACGAUAUAAAUAUGUAAUAUUGUUUAAAAAUUGAAAAUUGAAUAAUGAGAGCCACAUCUAAAAAGUAACACCAUUUAACAUUCGCUGAAAAUCUUUUAUCAACUUUCAACUUUUAUGAUUUUCCCCAAAUAAUUAAGAUUCAUGCCUUUUCGCUUUGAUUUCAGUUAAUUACCUUUUCAAUUCAACCAAUCAAAAUGCAAUCGUUUUUUAACAUACAAUCAAUAUAACAUCCUAGCGAGUAAUGCAAAGCUGCCAAGUGACGUGUGCACAGUAAUUUUAAAACUGCUGUGUAUUAAGAUUAUAUGAAAAUCGAGAACUAAAACUGAAAAUGAAAAUGAAAAAAUCUAAACUUGGAAUAGAAGAAGAAUUGAAGCCAAGCAUUCGAAAGGUGGCACGCCAAAAGAAACAAAAACAAAACUGAAAACCAGCCACACUUGUGCUUUGAAUUUUAUAGUUUCCUAAAAUUAUAAUAGUUUCAUAUUCUCUGGCACGAUGAGAGGUAACUUUAAUAUAUUUUUUUUAUAACCACCACCAACUACAACAACCAUACUAAACUCAUACAAGCAUUGCAAACAAUACCAAAUUUUCAUAUUUUUCACUUGAAUAAAAAUUUGUUUUUGUCAUUUACUUGAAGCAAGUGCAUUUCAGUGUACAUUUGUAAUGGAUUCGAAUUCUGAAGUUGCUCUAAUUUGUAAUGCAUUUGGUUGAAUUGAAGAGAGUUUCAUAUUCUAUAUAUUUGAGAAGCGAUUGGGCAGGCUUAGGUAAACAAAAGUAAUUAACAUGUAUGUAAGAGAGAAAUAAUUGAAAAAAUCAAACAAAAAAAUUGCAAAAGCGUAUGAAAAAAUGAAAAAUUUAGAGUGUGGUUGUUCAAGCAGAUAAAACAUAUUAAUAUCAACCGAAAAGAACGGUUCAUUUCUGUCAUCCACUCUCUGAAUGUAAUAAAACAAAUACAACAACAUGA